CAAGAAAAAGGAGCGGAAACGAAACCUAACGAACUAGAAGCCCGCAAAUGGCUUCUUCGUCUCGUCUCCCCCCCCCAAAAGUACCGAUGGAGCUUCACGCCAAGAACCGUGAAAAGCUGUUAAAAUCCCUCCGUCGACAUCUCACCGAAACCUCUCGUCCUCUGCACGGCUUCGUCUUUCUUCAGGGAGGCGAGGAAAAAACUCGCUACUGCACUGAUCACAUCGAACUCUUCAGGCAGGAGAGUUAUUUCGCUUAUCUGUUUGGAGUAAAAGAGCCUGGUUUCUAUGGCGCUAUUGACAUUGCAACAGGGAAAUCUAUUCUAUUUGCUCCAAGAUUACCUGCUGAUUAUGCGGUUUGGUUAGGAGAAAUAAAACCAUUAUCUUGCUUUCAGCAACAAUACAUGGUUAGCAUGGUCUAUUACACAGAUGAGAUUGUAGGAGUCUUACAUGAGCUCAGCAACGUAUUGGAAAAACCCUGGCUUUUUCUCUUGCACGGACUUAACACUGACAGUAAUAACUUCUCAAAACCAGCAGAGUUUGAGGGGAUAGAAAAGUUUGAGAAGGAUUUGACUACAUUGCAUCCCAUUUUGACUGAAUGCCGAGUUUUAAAGUCAGAUAUGGAGCUAGCACUUAUUCAGUUUGCCAAUGACAUAAGCUCUGAAGCUCAUGUUGAGGUUAUGAGAAAAACUAGAGUUGGCAUGGAAGAGUAUCAAUUGGAAAGCAUAUUUCUUCAUCACACAUACAUGUAUGGCGGGUGUAGGCACUGUUCAUACACAUGUAUAUGUGCUACUGGAGAAAAUAGUGCUGUUCUUCACUAUGGGCAUGCAGCAGCUCCUAAUGACAGGACCCUGCAAGAUGGAGAUAUGGCAUUGUUUGAUAUGGGAGCUGAAUACCAUUUCUAUGGGUCUGACAUAACUUGUUCAUUCCCUGUGAAUGGCAAGUUCACAAGUGAUCAAUCCCUUAUAUACAAUGCUGUCCUUGAUGCUCACAAUGCUGUCAUAUCUGCGAUGAAACCUGGAGUCAGCUGGGUAGAUAUGCAUAAAUUAGCAGAGAAGGUGAUUCUUGAGUCGCUGAAAAACGGGUGCAUUAUUGUUGGCAAUGUAGAUGACAUGAUGAUCGAGCGAUUAGGUGCAGUUUUCAUGCCUCAUGGUCUGGGGCAUUUCCUGGGGAUCGAUACUCAUGAUCCUGGUGGCUACUUAAAGGGACUGGAGAAAUUAGAAGGACCAGGAUUGAAAGCUUUGCGUACCAUUCGAGAGCUUCAAGAGGGAAUGGUAAUAACAGUGGAGCCUGGCUGCUACUUCAUUGAUGCUUUGUUGGCUCCAGCAAUGGAGAGUUCAAAUACUGCCAAGUUUUUUGAUCUUGAAGCAAUUAGCAGAUUUAAAGGUUUUGGCGGGGUUCGAAUUGAAAGUGACGUGCAUGUCACUGCUGGUGGUUGUCAGAACAUGACCAAAUGUCCACGACAGAUUUCGGAAAUUGAAGCAGUGAUGGCGGGAUCACCAUGGCCACUCAACUGAUCUGGUUUGUCAUUUGAAUAAACAAUAUAGCUGAAACAAAGUACCUUCAAAAUUAAAGUAUGCAUGGUAUUAAUCGAGCCAUCUCUCCAUGUCAUCGACAAUAACAGUGUUCUGUAGUUGGAAACAUUUAACAAGGCUAGGUAGCUGGAACACAACUAUUUUCAUAGAAGUCGAAGCUUGAAGGGGAAAUGGAGACGCCAUGGUGCCUAGUUAUUAUUUAUGUGGAAGUUGACUAGAAACAUGUCUUGGAUUAUGCAGUUGGGAGUUUGCAUGGUUACCUCUCGAGUAACAAUGUAAUUUGAUUUAACGUUCUGGUAAUGAGUCGUUUAUCUUUUCUCUUAU